AUGGAUAUCACCAAGUUUGUCGUUUCCCACCGGGAGAAGGCCCUUCUCUACGGCGACUACUCUACCUACCAUACCUCGCUCUCCAAAAAGAUACUCAACUGCCGCAAGAAGCUGAACAUUGCGACCAAAAAACGGGGCACAUUUCACCCCAGGAACCAGGUCACUGCUGAACAGGUUGCCGAGGACCAUGACUAUAUCCACCUCCAGCUUCUGACAGCCGAACGAACAUGGGCCGAUGCCAUGGCCGUCAAGGCGGCGCACUCGGUUGAGACGAAGGGCAUUGGUGGAAAGACCCGGUCGCAUAUUGUUUCUCGUCUGGAAAAGGGAGCUCGAACUGCCAAACAGCUGGCCGAAGUCCUCACCCAAACCGCGAGCGGCGCGAGCUCUGUCGACAUCCUCGAGGCCCGCGCAUAUGCUGCUUUGCUCAGGGGUGCUGCGCUAUUUGAGAAACAGCACUGGGAGCCUUGCCUGAAGAGCUACUCCGUCGCCCGUAUCAUCUACAGUGCGCUUUCUACCUCGGCCAAAAACGACAUCUUCAAAGACCUCCUGUCCGAAACCAUCGACCCGUCGAUUCGGUAUGCUGCCUACCAAGCCCAGAUCCCACGGACGCAGCCCAUUGCCGAAAUUGCGCUAAAGUACUUCCAACAUGCUGGCCCAGAGCUCGCGGCGCACAUUGAGAAACAGAAUCCCGCCGUUUUGCAACACGGUGAUGCGGAUGCGAAGCAGGGAGCUGGAGGCGCUCCUGCAACGCUCACCUGGCGUGGACGUGACGUCAAGAUUGAGGACGCUGCAAUCGCUAUUGCUUGGGCUGCGGUGGGUGCGGAAAAGGCAAAGCUGGCUGACAAGCUGUCGUCAGCCGGGUCCUUGGCUCCCAGAGAGCUAGCUGGGGCAUAUGAUGAUAUCUUGGUGACAAGCCAGGAUGCUGUCGAUGCUACCAAGCAGGCCAUUGAUGAGCUCAAGUCUGAGGGUGUCCCACAGAGCGAUUCUCGCAUGCAGAGCCUCCAGAUCACCAGGACUGCUGUCAAUUACGAAAUGAUCAGCUGGCGCAUUGGACGCAACCGUGCCUUGAUUGGUCAGGACGAUGGAGCGUGGCUGGACUUUAGUGCCCCUAGCAAGAAAAAGAAGAAGCAAGAGCAAAAGCAAGAGCAAGCCGAGGAGGCUCUCGAGCAAAAGGGCAGAGAUCUCACCCCUGGCAGACAGAUUGCCAAGUUGAAGGAGAAGGUCGUGUUGUACGACGGUAUCCUUCAGAGUGUCGAGUCUAUCAAGGAGCUGCCUGGUGUUGCAAACGACCAGGAGCUUUCCGCUCAGCUCGAGGCCACAUCGCAAUACUUUACCGCUCUUAAAUCUCAUGCCAUUGCUGGAAAUACCGUCAACGCACUUGCCUUGGUCAAGCAUGCGCUUGAUCAGUGUACCGCCGCCCUUCCAGCUCUGUCUGGCAGUGAUGAUGGCAAGCCAGCGCCAAGGAACAUUCAAGUCACGAACCAACACGCUGGGUUGCUCCGAGACAUUCUCGGUGGGGAGCUUCAACGGUCCCGCGCUCUGGUUGAGAUUCACAGCUUGAACAAGUCGGCGAGUGCUUCGCAGACCGGCGGCGCUGGUAAACCGCUGUCUUCCCGGCUCUUCAACUACCCAACAGGCGGUGUCGAUCUGAACAACAUUGUCACUUAUCCUCCUCAACUUGAGCCUAUCCCUGUCAAGCCCCUGUUUUUGGAUGUUGCGUGGAACUACAUCGAGUAUCCCGCCAAACAACAACAACAACAACAACAACAACAACGCCCAGCGGCUGCUGUUCAGGAUAAGAGCAAGGGGACCGAGAAGGAGCCAGAACCAGAAGCAAAGCCGCAGAAGAGGGGCUGGUUUGGUUUUGGAAGGUGA